AUGGGCUUGAGAAACUGGUUUGGAGAGGUAGUCGUGCUACUCGACAUAUGUUUGCUUAAAGUACGUGGAAAGAUAAGUUGCAGAAUGUUGUCUCCUGCAACAACUUAUGCAGCUUACUUUGUGUUUAAGAUGAAGAAACGCAAGUACUAUGGAUUCAAUCUUGAUCCUGUGGAAGCCAUGUCGAGAGUUGUUGGCGAUGAAUGUCUAGUAAGAAUUUUUGUUUGGACCCUGACUUGGAUAAUAGCCCAUCUUGGUUGCACCAGUUUCUACCAUGGGCAGAGCAAUCAGAACAUGUCGGAGUUCGAGCAGCCAAACUGGAGAUCUGAUGGUUGGUUCGAAAUUGAGUUAGGAGAGUUUCAAACUAAUGGGAAAGAGAUGAUGAAGUUGAGGUCAUUCUUAGGGAGGACAAUCGUUGUUCUCUCAAGGAAUGGCCUUGUGGUUGUGGGGAUAGAUAUCCGACCUAAAACUAGCCCUACUUAG